CCCCCUUAAAAUUGGACAGUUUUAAAAGUUAGUUAAAAAUAUGUGUGCUCUUCCAAAUGCCUCAUAUGGUUCUUCUACACCGACAAACGAGGAAAACCCUCGAAAGGUUAUCCCAGAAGCAGGUCGACAUUUUCAUUCUCUUGGUUGGAUGACUGGAUCUGGAGGAGCUAUUGGUAUAAGACGAGGGGAGGAAAUAUACAUAACCCCGUCUGGUGUUCAAAAAGAAUUGAUGGAACCAGAAGACCUCUUUGUUCAAACAAUAGAUGGAAAGUCUAUUGCGACUCCACCAGCCUUCAAGAAGCUAACUCAAAGCUCGUGUACGCCACUAAUCAUUAAUUCAUUCCUAAAAAGAAAAGGCAAGUUAUAUUAA